AUGCACACUCAUUCUUUCACAUACAUAUCCUCGGGCGAGAGUGCUUGCUUGGAGGCUGAUGAAGAAGAUCAGGACUCCAUUCUACUUUCUCUUGGCCCUCCAGGUCAACAACACACAACAAAACACCCCAACUCUCUUCAAUACCCCUCUAAUCAGCCUCAGAACCAUCAAAACUCUACAUUACUAGAUGGUGUAACUAUUGCACUUCAUAUUGGUCCACCAACUCCAGGAGCCAGCUCUAGCAACCCUAACGACAAUGGCGGUUAUGCCGAAAGACAGUAUUGGAUUCCUACGCCAGCUCAAAUUCUUGUCGGCCCAACGCAGUUCUCUUGUGCAGUCUGCAACAAAACAUUCAAUCGAUACAACAACAUGCAGAUGCAUAUGUGGGGACACGGAUCACAGUAUAGGAAAGGUCCAGACUCACUAAGAGGAACAAAACCAUCUUCGUCCAUGCUGAGACUGCCUUGUUAUUGCUGUGCUGAAGGCUGCAAAAACAACAUAGACCAUCCCAGAUCAAAGCCAUUGAAGGACUUUAGGACACUUCAGACACAUUACAAAAGAAAGCAUGGAGCGAAGCCAUUUGGGUGUCGAAAAUGUGGGAAGCCUUUUGCAGUUCGAGGAGAUUGGAGGACUCACGAGAAGAAUUGUGGGAAGCUCUGGUUUUGUAUCUGUGGUUCUGACUUUAAGCAUAAGAGAUCCCUCAAAGAUCAUGUUCGCGCUUUUGGAGAUGGCCAUGCACCACACAGUGAGGACCUGUAUGAGGUUGAAGAAGAUGAUGAUGGCGAAGAGCAUAGAAAUGGAGUUCAGGGUUUCAAUGGUGGUGAUUAG